AUGACUGUUGAUCCGCAGCAACCGGCUUAUACGCUGGUUUUUGAUCCAAGUCGCAGCAAUGCUAGUUAUACAGUUGGUGAAUUCCAAAAAGCUUUGGAGAGAGGAUCUGACGAGGAUAAGAUAGCCACCAUGAAGCAAAUUUUAGUAACGAUGCUUGAUGGGAAUCCUCUUCCUCAAUUGCUAAUGCACAUUAUUAGAUUUGUUAUGCCAUCUAGAAACAACAAAUUGAAGAAACUGCUUUACCUUUACUGGGAAAUUGUUCCAAAGCUAGAUGAAGAAGGUAAAUUGAGACAUGAAAUGAUUUUGGUCUGUAAUGCCAUUCAACAUGACUUGCAGCAUCCCAACGAGUACAUUAGAGGUAAUACGUUGAGAUUUUUGACCAAAUUGAAGGAAACAGAACUUUUAGAACAAUUAAUUCCAUCUGUGAUGCCAUGUUUGGAGUAUCGUCACUCAUAUGUGCGUAAAUAUGCCAUUUUGGCCGUUUUAUCUAUUUACCAAGUGAGUGAUCAUCUGUUACCAGACGCCAAGGAUAUUAUUAGCUCAUUUUUGGCUGUAGAAACUGAUCCAAUUUGUAAAAGAAAUGCAUUUUUGGGUCUAGCAGAGUUGGAUCGUGAAGCUGCAUUAGCAUAUUUGGAAGAAAACAUGGCCGCCAUUGAAGGACUAGAGUCCCUUCUACAAAGUUCCUUCGUGCAAUUUAUCAGAAGAGAUGCAGUGCAAGUACCAUCAUUAAAACCUCAAUACGUAGAAUUGCUACUGGAUUUGCUAGAUUCUACUACUUCUGAUGAAGUUGUUUUUGAUACUGCAUUGGCCUUGACAACUUUAUCUGCCAAUCCUUCGGUUUUGGCUAAGGCUGCAACUAAAUUGAUUAAUUUGGCUGUUAAAGUAUUUGACAACAAUGUUAAAUUGAUCGUCCUGGACAGAGUAGAAGACAUCAAUAACAAGAACCCAGGGGCCCUAGAAGAUUUAACUUUGGAAAUUCUACGUGUUUUGAACGCAGAAGAUAUGGACGUACGUUCUAAAGCUUUGAAUAUUGCUAUGAAUCUCGUAUCAUCAAGAAAUGUGGAUAAUGUGGUUAAGUUAUUAAAGAAAGAAUUGCAAACUACUGUCACUAACAGUGAUAAGGAAAAGUCUAUGCAAUAUAGGCAGCUUCUGAUUAAAACCAUUCACACUGUAGCAAUUAGAUUUGUCGAAGUUGCCGCUAGUGUUGUAUCACUUUUACUGGAUUUCAUUGGUGAUUUGAGUUCUGUUGCUGCCAGUGGUAUCAUCUCUUUUGUCAAGGAAGUUAUUGAAAAAUAUCCUCACUUGAGAGAAGGUAUCUUGUCAAAUUUGAUUGACGUUUUGGACAAAAUAAGGUCUGCCAAGGCUUACCGUGGUGCACUUUGGGUCUUAGGUGAAUACGCCGAGAGUUCUUCUGAUAUUCAGAAAUGCUGGAAACACAUCCGUUCUAGUGUUGGUGAACUACCUAUUGUCCAAUCCGAGUUGAGGAACAGAUCUCAAAAUUCUGAAGAAGAAGAGAAAGAAAAAGAAGCACUUAACCACAGACAUGCAGGUCCAGUGAUUUUACCAGAUGGUACUUAUGGUACUGAAACUGCAUUCGAUUUUACUUCUAGCGCUCCUGCUGAAGAUCCUGAUGCUAGACCUCCCAUCCGUCGUUUUGUGCUAAAUGGUGAUUUCUACACAGCUUCCGUUUUGGCUAGUACAAUCAUCAAAUUGGUCUUAAGAUUCGAAAAAGUAUCUCAAGAUAUCACUGUCCUAAAUGCUCUAAAGGCUGAAGGGUUAUUGAUUUUGGUUAGUACAAUAAGAGUGGGCCAAAGUUCAUUAGUAGAAAAGAAAAUCGAUGAAGAUUCUCUCGAAAGAAUCAUGUGUGCAAUUACCAUGUUGUUAGAUGAAGCAAACCCGGCUGAAAAGAGCUCUGAAAAGGAAAUUCUAGAUUUGGCAUACUUGGACGCCACCAGAUCCUCUUUCAAAUCCCAAGUUGCCAUUUCCAAGCGUAAGAAUGCUCAAUUAUCUGCCAAGAACUUGACAAAGACCGCUGAGCCAAUCGAUAAAUCUCUUAUCUUCAGACAAUUCACUCAAGUGGAAUCCAACACCUCUAAAAGUGAUAUGAUUGAAGAAGACCUGCAGGCGGCUAUAAAGGGUGAUUCCGAAAGACCAAACAAGAAUUCAAUCACUUCUAAGUUAAAGAAGAUCGUUCCGCUAACAGGUUUCUCGGAUCCUGUCUAUGCGGAGGCCUAUAUUACCAAUCACCAAUUUGACGUUGUGCUUGACGUUCUUCUGGUAAACCAGACAAGGGAAACUUUGAAGAAUUUACACGUUCAGUUCGCUACCCUUGGUGAUUUGAAGGUGAUAGAUAAGCCACCUAGCACUAACGUUGUUCCUCAUGGUUUCCACAGAAUUACCACCACUGUCAAGGUCUCAUCUGCAGACACUGGUGUUAUCUUUGGUAACAUUAUUUACGAUGGUGGUCAUGGUGAGGAUGCACGUUACGUUAUUUUAAAUGAUGUCCAUGUCGAUAUCAUGGAUUACAUUAAACCUGCCAAGACUGACGAUGAAACUUUCCGUACCAUGUGGAAUGCAUUUGAAUGGGAAAACAAGAUUUCUGUGAAAUCUCAAUUGAACAGCUUGCAUGCUUACUUGAGAGAAUUGACACGUGGUACAAAUAUGGGUAUUUUAACACCACCUGAAGCAUUAGGUGAGGAGGAUUGCAGAUUCUUGAGUUGUAACCUUUACGCUAAAUCUUCAUUUGGUGAAGAUGCGUUGGCGAACUUAUGCAUUGAAAAGAGUCCGGCAAGUGGCCAAGUAGUAGGUCAUGUCCGUAUUCGUUCCAAGGGUCAAGGUUUAGCACUUUCGCUUGGUGACAGGGUAGCAUUAAUCGCCAAACAGCAUGAUAAGGUCCAAUUGACCCACAUUUGA